UGUGUAGCCCCAGCAGUGCCACCUGUCAGUGUCCGUCAGUGCUCAUCCAUGCCACCAGCAAGUGCCCAUCAGAGCCACAUGAGUGCCACAUUUCAAUGCCUACCAGUGCACAUCAAUGCCACAUAUCAGUGUCCAUCUAAGCUGCCUUUCAGUGUCACCCAUCAGUGCCAGUCAGUGCCACCUAUCAAUUCCAGUCAGUGCCACCUAUCAAUUCCAGUGCCCAUCAGUGUCACCUAUCAGUGUCCAUCAGUGCAGCCUAUCAGUGCCCAUCACUGCAGCCUCAUUAGCACACAUCAGUGAAGGAAAAAAAUCACUUAUUUACAACAUUUUAUAA